AUGGCAUGCAUCGGGCUGGGUUCUAAAUCCGAAGCAUUUCAUCUUGAAGGUCAAGCUUGGUUCUGCACAACUGGGCUUCCCAGCGAUGUCACCAUUGAAGUUGGAGAGAUGUCUUUUCAUCUCCACAAGUUUCCAUUGCUUUCUAGGAGCGGGCUGUUAGAAAAGCUUAUUGAAGAGUUUUCCAGUGAGGAUGGAUCAGGGUGUAUUUUGCAGCUUCAUGAUUUGCCUGGUGGAGCUAAAGCAUUUGAGCUUAUAGCUAAAUUUUGCUAUGGUGUUAAACUAGAUCUCUCCGCUUUGAAUGUAGUCAGCCUUAGAUGUGCAGCAGAGUAUCUUCUAAUGACUGAAGAUUAUGGACAAGGAAACCUAAUCUCACAGACAGAAGGUUUCUUUAAUGAAGUUUUUGGUGAUUGGGCGGACACCAUAAAAGCUCUUGAAACAUGUGAAGAAGUUCAAAAAUACGCAGAAGAGCUCCACAUUAUUUCAAGAUGCCUAGACUCCUUGGCCAUGAAAGCUUGUGCAGACCCAAAUCUAUUCAAUUGGCCUGUAUCUGGAUGCACUAGCCAGCGGAAUGCAGCAGGCACUGUCUUGUGGAAUGGUAUAACUUCUGAAAAUAAGUCACAACCUCUUGGUGAUGAUUGGUGGUUUGAGGACGUCUCAUUUCUUAGCUUGCCCCUAUAUAAACGGCUGAUUUUGUCUGUGCAAUCAAAAGGCAUGAAGCUUGAGAAUAUUGCUGCUUCCCUCAUUUACUAUGCUAGGAGAUAUCUUCCUUUGUUGAAUAGGCAAUCAAGCUUCAGUGAUGCAAAUAAUACCAAUCCAGGGACAACCAUUUGCACCACUUCGGAGGCAGACCAAAGGGCUCUACUUGAAGAGAUUGUAGGGCUGCUUCCUAAUAAGAAGGGAGUCAUAUCCACCAAGUUUCUGCUUAGGCUACUCCGUGCUGCUAUGAUCUUACAUGCAAGUUCAUCAUGCAGAGAAAAUUUGGAGAAAAGGGUUGGAACUCAGUUGGACCAAGCUGUGCUUGUAGAUCUUCUCAUACCAAAUAUGGGUUACUCGAUCGAAACCCUUUAUGAUAUAGACUGUGUUCAGAGGAUUCUUGAUCAUUUCAUGUCACUAUAUCAGGCACCUGCACCUUCUUCUCCAAGCAUAAUUGAAGAGGGCCAAUUGGUAAGUGGGACAGACACUCUGACACCUGUUACUAUGGUGGCUGGUCUGGUGGAUGGAUAUCUUGCUGAGGUGGCUCCAGAUGUUAAUUUGAAGUUGCCGAAGUUUCAGGCGCUGGCUGCUGUUGUCCCCGAUUAUGCCCGGCCGCUUGAAGAUGGUAUUUAUCAUGCAAUUGAUAUAUACCUGAAGACACAUCCUUGGCUAACAGAUUCUGAGAGGGAGCAACUCUGUCGACUUAUGAACUGCCAGAAGCUCUCUUUGGAAGCCAGCACCCAUGCAGCCCAGAAUGAGAGGCUACCUCUUCGAGUAAUUGUGCAAGUCCUCUUCUUCGAACAGCUUCGACUCCGGACGUCAAUUUCAGGUUGGUUCUUUGUUUCUGACAAUCUUGAGAACUCUCAAAAUCCCAGUGGAAACCUUGAGCUUCCCAAAAAUGAUGGCUCUCGUCAAAUGGACCUUGUACAAGAUCGAGGAGUGAGUGCUGAGAACAUGAAGGAACGUGUUUUGGAGCUUGAAAAGGAGUGCUCAAGCAUGAAGAUGGAACUUCACAAGUUGGCUAAGACAAAGAAAAGUUGGUGCAUUCUUCCCAAAAAGUUAGGCUUUGGGAGAAGGUCACCACCCUGCAAUUCAAAAGAAUCAUAG